AAAUUUUUUCUCCACUAUCUGCUGCGCAAAGGUCGUGUCUCGUGUGUCUGUAGUUCGAUACUAUUUUCGACUUGCCGUGACUUGCGAUAGACAAACGUCGCACACUUGACAUAUUUAUCGAAAGAAAGAAAUCAAAAUCACCACAAUGUCACGAGUAAUAUUAUCGCAAUUGAAAAAAUCCAACUCGGUUUUGAGGACAGCCGUGAGGUCCAAGGCCGAUGGUCACCACGCCACUUACAAACCCCUGACGAUGGAUGACAUGCCAGUCCCAAAGGUGCCAUGGCAAGAAUACCACGGCAAAACCAAUACUAAAUACAACUUAGUACUAGUAAGCGGAAUUGCUUUACUUGCAACAUCCAUUUACGUAUUACAAGAUAACUGUUUCUUCAAUGCUUUUGUACCACCAUACCCUUUCGAAGAAACUGAAGAAAAGUAAAUAUGAUUAUAUAUUUAUAAAAAACUGUAUUUUUUGUUUCCAUGUAGUAAUUAAUAAUAUUAUAUAAAAUAUAAUUGUAUUUAAUUAUGAAUUUGAUUAUCCACAAUAAAAUGAUUUAAUUAGGUAA